AUGGAGACAUCACUCUGGUUACCAAUGAAACUAGCACUUUUGACAGUAUGGCUCUGCAAUAUGAUGGACCCCUGCCAAUUCUCUGACAUUUGUAAAUCCUGCCACAAGCUUGCAAGAUGCAAGGCAUUGAAUGGAUCGAAGGAGGCUUGCUAUUGUGACCACGGAUAUACCGGAGACGGUACAACAUUUUGUGAUGAUGACAAUGAAUGCCAGAAUGUGACAAAUAUCUGUGGCUAUGCAGGCAACUGCACAAAUACAAAUGGCAGUUUCUACUGUACGUGUUUGCCUGGAUACACAUCAACUGGACAGGCUAAGUUUCAGACGAAUGAUGGCACUGAGUGCAGAGACAUUGAUGAAUGUGAGGCAGGACAGGCCUGCGGUCCGAACUCACACUGCCAUAAUAUCAAUGGAUCUUUCUAUUGCACCUGUCAGCGUGAUUACAUCCCAACUUCUGGCACUAAGCACUUUCAUCCAGAGCGAGGAGGAAGAUGUAAAGAUCAUCCCCAAAAACAUUGCCAUGACAGCAUUGGAUGUAUCACACAGACUGUCAACAAAACACUUGAAUAUAUGAGCAACCUGACUGAGCCCCUAAGCUUACUGAAUGAAAUUGCUCAGCAGUCGUCUGGGGAUCUGACCUCAGUGGAAGUGAUUGCAUACGUUGAGGCUUUGAGCCGGUCCACGUCAUUGCUGGCCACAGGAGGAAAGGAUCAGGCUGUCAAACCGACUGUUGUCCACUCAACUCUCAAAAAAUUAGUUAAAGCGGUAAACAACUUGGUGGAAAAGGAUGAACUGGUGGCGUGGGACAGGAUUAAAGAAGAGCGCCGGGGAAAAACGAUUACCAAGCUGCUGCAUGCUGUUGAAGAGAGUGCUCUCACUUUGGCCAAAAGCCUCCGAACUCCGAAUGAUCUUCAAAUUAAAGACACACAAAUGGAAAUGAGAUUGUUCACUUUUGAUGCCAGUCACAAAAAAGACACACUGUCUUGCACCAUGGGAGGGGACCGCAUGACUUUAACGCCAAUGAUUAGACCAGAGAAGGAUAGUAAUGGUGACGUGUCAGUGGUAUUUGUGCGAUAUGACAGCAUGGCAGACAUCCUGAAGUCAAGCAUCGACCCGGGUGUCACCGACAACUUGCGCUAUGCAGAAACGGCGGAAAUCACUGUCAACUCCCAAGUGGUGGCAGCUGCCGUCAAACCUGCUGACGUCUACCAGCUUGACCAUGUCAUCUUCACUCUGAGACACGUUGAGCCAGUCGACACCAAAGUUGAUGUUACCAAGUGCGCCUUCUGGGAGUACACAACCAACACCCUGCAGGGUCACUGGGCCACGCACGGUUGCAAGACCGUCCACAUCGACAGCAAUGCGACCACAUGCACUUGCAACCACCUUACACAUUUUGCUAUCCUCAUGUCCUCGGGGAGAGCCAAUUUCAUCACCCACCAAACAGUCCUGACCCGCAUCACCCAGCUGGGGAUGAUCAUCUCUCUCAUCUGUCUGUCCAUGUGCAUUUUCACCUUCUGGUUCUUCAGCGAGAUCCAGAGCACCAGGACCACCAUCCACAAGAAUCUGUGCUGCAGUCUAUUCAUGGCCGAGUUCAUCUUCCUGGUGGGGAUCAACAUGAACAAACACAAGAUCUUUUGCUCGGUUAUUGCGGGGCUGCUUCACUAUUUCUUCCUAGCAGCUUUUGCCUGGAUGUGCAUCGAGGGCAUCCAUCUGUACUUAAUAGUGGUUGGCGUCAUCUACAACAAAGGCUUCCUGCACCGUAACUUUUACAUCUUUGGUUAUGGAAGCCCGGCAGUGGUCGUGGCCAUUUCAGCAACGCUAGGCUCCAAGUAUUAUGGCACUGAUAAAAUGUGUUGGUUGAGCACAGAGAAUCACUUCAUAUGGAGCUUUAUUGGACCCGCCUGUUUGAUCAUUCUGGUGAAUCUGCUAGCCUUUGGAGUGAUCAUCUACAGAGUGUACCGGCACACGGUGGUGAAGAAGCCUGAAAUAAGCCACUAUGAGAACAUCAGGUCAUGUGCCCGUGGAGCCAUAGCGUUGCUCUUUGUGCUAGGCGCCACUUGGACCUUCGGGGUGCUGCACAUACUCUACGAAAGCACGCUGACCGCGUAUCUGUUCACCAUCACCAAUGCCUUCCAGGGCAUGUUCAUUUUCAUCUUUCUUUGUGUGCUCUCCAGAAAGGUUCAAGAGGAAUACUACAGGCUUUUUAAAAAUGUGCCAUGUUGUUUUGAAUUCUUCAGAUGA